AUGUGCGAGGACCCGAGAUACGAGCCCUAUCCAGAUAUGUCGGAGGGGCGGAGAGGCCUUCGUUGCCCAACCUGUACCUCCGCCAUUGGGUUGGCAACUCAAGUCGUCAGGGAUCUCAUGGAUGAUGAUCGCUGGUCGGGCUGCAACGAAGAGUUCCGGUGGUGGCUAAUUGACGUCGACCAAGAUUGUCAGAAUGCCUUGGACACAGCUCUUUCCAAGGAGGCUAUGCUCAAGGAUGCCUGGAUUCACCAGCCGAUGGUACAGUAUCAUAAAGACUGCAAGAAUCUUGCUCAGAAGGUCUCCUACUGUAUGGAAGCGUUCCGGGCGAGAGACAAGCAAUGGAACGCUUCCCUUCGGAGGGCUGGUGGUGGUUUUCUCACGCAGGAAGAGACGGCCCGCCUCACACUAGAGCGAUACGAAGUCAGACAGGAAAGCAGCUACAAGGAUGAUGGCGCGUUAUUCGAAGAGGAAGAGAUGAUUUUGUCUCGAGCAGCCCAAAUGGGCAUUGCGCGUAGAAGCUCCGCUCCAUUUUAUUGGAGUCCGUAG